AGACGCGGAGACAGAGACUGAGGAGGCGUCAAAGGAGCAAGGCGAGGAGAGCAGGGACGGUAAAGCCGAAGACAUGAGAGAGAAGGCCGGCGGCAAAGCAUCCGGGAAGAGCAGAGACAAGAGCAAAGACGCAGACUCCCAGAAAUCCCACAGCGACAAACAGCACAUCCAACAGAGAGCCAGAGAGAGGCUGAAAGAAGAAUACUCCCUGGAGGACUCAGACUUGGAUGGUUUGAGUGACAUCACAGUUAGCUCAGUGCAUACCAGUGACCUUUCUUCUUUUGGUGAGGAGAGUGAUGAAGAUCCGCCUCCCUCUGACUCCACUGAGGAGGGAGAGAUAACCUCAGAGGAUGAGAAAGUGCAGAAGAAGGAACCCAAUGAUGUUACGGAUGAGAAUAAAGAACGGAAGCCCCGCGGGGCACGCCAAGGCUACGUGCACAAGCCCUUCCUCUACUCCCGUUACUAUAGCGACUCUGACGACGAGGUCACCGUGGAGCAGCGUCGGCGCUCUGUCGCCAAGGAUAAAGAAGAACGCUUAUUGAAGCGUCAGCAGAAUCGUGAGCGGAUGGAGGAGAAACGCAGACAGAAGGCAGCUCAGACAGAAGAGCAAGAUGACGAUAAGAUGGAAGCUGCCUCACACAGUCAGGAGACUCAGGGCCCCAGGGCGAAAGAGGCACGUAAAGAGAGGAAAGUUCUGGAAAAGAAGAUGGCUCUCAGUCAGAAGAGGAAGAGAGAUUCAAGAAAAGAGAAUGUUUUAAGCAACAAGAAGAAAGGAGAUUCUGAAGGAGAAACACUGAAGAAGGAGGAAGCGGUGAAAGUGACUAAGAAUCAGCCUGUAAAAGCAGUGAGAAGAACCUCUGAAGCAGAGGAAACACGCAGGAGGAGGAGCAGCAGCCAACUGGAGGAAGCCAGCGAGCCACGGAAAGCCCUGGACAAGAACCAGACACAUUCCUUCAUCCUGGACUUAGAACAGGGCUCAGAGGAAGCCCUCCGCCACAGACACUCAGGGAAAACGGACCGACACCCGCGCAAGGAGGUGCACCCGAAAGAGAAGGAAAGGAAAGAGAAAGAGAAGGAUCGCAGCCUCUCGGAUGAGCGAUCCAAACACAAGCAGAAAACAGAGAACAGGAAAGGGGGAGAGAUUCAGGGAGACGACAGAGAAGGUGUGAGAGGAGCAUCCGAUGACAGAGAAAAGAAGAGCUCAAAGAUCAAAGUGGAUAGAAAGGACUCAGUAUGCGGCAGGGAGGCCGCGGAGGAGGGGAAAAAAGGGAAGAUAUCCUCCGACGCCCCGAAAGAGAGAGAGAAAACAGAGAAGGGCAAGGGAGAGAAAGCUCCAGUGAAGAACGACUUGAGACAGCAACACCGUCUAGACUCUACUGGCUCUUCAGAGGAACGCUCUGAGGUUGAACUUGGGUCAGAGGGCACCAAGAGGAAGGACAAACAUCCUAAAGACAUUCUGAAGAGAUCAAAGAGUCACACAGAAGUGAAACACCCCGAAAAGGUCAAAAACAGGUCAGACAGUAAGGAUUCUGGGUCGGCUGAGAGAGAGAAAUCCAAACCCGAUCAGAGUGGCGCCGAGCCCCAGAAAUCCAUGUCAGAACCUGAAAGCGAUAGUCGAAAGUCACGGGAGACUGAGGCUGGAUCAAAGGUCAAAACAGUGCUGGAAAAAUCUAAAUUGAAAUCGAAGGAGGAGCUGAAAUCCCAACCCUCUUUGAGCAAAUCGGACAGGAAAUCUUCAGUUCAGGAAAGCAAGAGCAAAGGAGUGAUGCCCGCCAGCAAACCAGACUCAUUGAAGGAUCGAAAGAAAGACGGAAGCAUGAAAGAAGAGAGGAGGACCUCGGAGGAUCAAAUGGUCGAGAAAACAAAAGAGGGCAAGUACGGCAAAAAAAUGAAUGAGAAGAAAUCCACCGAGGGAAAGAAAGCGGAGGAGAAUCAGAAAGGAUCAGAGACAGAGGAGAAUCAACUUGAAACUGCAGCCCAGUGUGAGGCUGAUCCAGUCACUGCCAUCAACGAUACCCCUGCCCACGUUUCAGAUAACACGUAUGACGCCCUGAGUGAUGUCACCCCCGAACCUGAGGAUGAGGAGUGUGAACCGCACCGACUCUCCACCGAAGCUGACGCUCUCCUCAGCCUGAUGGACGUUUGCAUCUCGACAGCAGGAAGUGAUGUCCCUGGAACGGCUAACAGAGAGGAAGAGGAGUUGUCUCUCCAGGAAGCUGACUUGAAGAUGAAAGAAGCCGCUUUGACGCUGCUCUCCAUGGACCCAGAAAUGUCCGUGUCUCCAAGCCUAGUUGCGAUGGAAACGAAGCAGCUUGUCAUGGAAAUGCAACAGACCACCAUGGAUACGCAGCAGCUUGUCAAAAUGGGUACGGUGCAGGUCACCGUGGAUACCACACAGCCAGAGCCUUCUGUGGUUGACCUUGCCAGUGAAGGACAUUUAGCGAAGUCCGGGGAUUCACAGACAGAUACUGAGAACGAUGCUCUCACUCAAUCCUCUGCUCAGGAUGAGCCAUCAGACAGAAAUCAGACUCAACAUGAUGAGGCUGAUUUAGGUGUGGAGAAUAUGGAGACUGAGUCAGUCACACCAGAGAGAGUCACCUCGGAAGAUGUGAGUGAUGGCGUACAGACCACAGAAACAAAACCAGGUGAAGUUUUGCCUGAGCCUUUGUCACCUGUCAGUACAACAGAUGACGGACCCCCCGGUCAGUCUGAAUCGACUCUAGCACACAGUGAGCGGCCAGAUGAAUCGUCUGACAACAUUAAGACAAAUGAAGAUGACUCAAAGACCAGUGAGCCAUACAAUCAAGCCUUGAUUGAUGCUGACCCCAUGUGUUCAGAGCCUGAGGAGAGACAGGCAAGCUCCACAACAUUGGAGACUGUCACUGGGGUUUCGGAUGUUGGGGUUUCGGAUGUUGGGGUUUCGGAUGCUGGGGUCUGUGGGACAGCCGACUCUGGGGCUGCAGAUAUUUUGGUUGAAAAUUGUGACAAACUCCAAGUAAAGACUGUUGACACUGAGACAAGGGAAGACCAGAACAAGACAUCUGAGGAAGUAGUGCAUUCAGAACCUGCUGGCGUGGAUGAGGCCACAGAGACACAAAACAGUCACCAGGCAAAACUAGUCAAGCAAGCCAGUAAUGCAUCUAAAUCAGAUGGACAGGACGAGGACAAAGGCUCAGAUGUGUCAGAAUUGGAUGAACAAACUGAGGGGAGAGUGACCCGUAAAGGCAGAUCAUCCAAUCAGAGAGCAGCUGCUGUUAAGAGUGGUGGCAAAGCCAAGAGGGAUCAGGAAAUCAAAGAGACCGGCAAUGACCAGCAAGCCACUCCUCAAGAAGAGGGGAACGACGUGACCACAGAGACGAGAGCUCCGCGCCGAGGGAGGUCAUCCAAAACGACACCUCCUCCCCUGAGAGAGACACGCUCAGCAUCUCAGUCCAAAGAGGAGGAGACAGGACAGGAGGAGCAGAAGGGUGGCAGAGGUCGGAGGUCAGCUGCACAGACCAAAGACAAUGUCACAGCCAAUCCUGCCCUUAAAAGGAAACGGUCAGAAGAAACUGAGGAUUCUGGGAAGGAUGAGGACAGACAGGAAGAGGAUUCUGCCAAACGAGCUCGAGAUGAUACUGGAACAGACAUGUAG